CGAACCGACCGCGGAGACAGUGCGGCCGCGAUGCGCGUCCAAGUGCGCUUUUCCUUCGCCGACGGGCCGACGACGACGCGACGCGAGUUUCCUAGUUUCCCACCAGUAGCAACAAAACUCGCGUAGUUCCCGGUGAAAUUCUCUCGCCAAAAUCGCUCUCUCGCCCUUAUUCGGAUCUAAUGCGGCGCCGGUGACGUAACGGACAAAGAGUACAUGGAUAUUGGCAACUAUAUAAAAAAGAUAUGCGUAACGGAAAUGGCCCGAUACAAACGGUUCAACAAGUUUUUUAAUAUGGAGACGAUAGAGAAAACAGUGAGCUAGGCUCCCAAACGGCGGAGUAACGCCUCUCUGAGAAGAUGUCCUAAUAUGGGUCAGCCUUGGAUGCUUGUUCGUGCUGCUGCUAUCUUAUUGGUGACAAGGCAAACACUGGCCCUGUCAGACAUCUUUGAAGAGGGGAAAUCCGACAAGGAAAUCCUAGAUAAUCUUUUGCGAGCGACACGGUAUGACAAAAGGCUACUGCCGCCAGUAAGAGGAUCUCUUACAGUUAAUGUUAGCGUUUUGCUUCUUAGUUUAGCGUCUCCAGAUGAAUCUAGUUUAAAAUAUGAAGUUGAGUUUCUUCUUCAACAGCAAUGGUACGACCCACGACUUCGAUACUCGAAUCAAAGUCAGUACAACUAUUUAAAUGCAAUACACCACCACGAUGACAUUUGGCUGCCAGACACAUAUUUCAUCAUGCACGGUGACUUUAAGGACCCACUGAUACCAGUUCAUUUUAGUUUACGAAUUUAUAGGAAUGGAAGCGUAAAUUAUUUAAUGAGACGGCAUCUAAUACUAUCAUGUCAAGGAAGCUUAAAUAUUUUUCCCUUUGACGAUCCAAAGUGUACAUUUUCGAUGGAAAGUAUAUCAUAUGAAACAACAUCCAUGAACUACGUAUGGAAAAACGACGAAGAUGUUUUAAGGAAGUCUCCAAGUUUAACAACUCUCAACGCUUAUCUUAUUAAUAAUCAAACUUUACCAUGCCCUGUACAAUCUAGUUGGAGAGGUAUGGAGUUGUUUGGGAAUUACAGUUGUUUGAGGGUCCACCUAAUAUUUACAAGAGAUAGAGCUUUUUAUUUUACUACAGUAUUUAUACCAGGAAUAAUAUUGGUAACUUCCUCAUUUAUAACUUUUUGGCUUGAAUGGAACGCUGUACCUGCAAGGGUUAUGAUAGGUGUGACAACAAUGCUCAACUUUUUCACCACAUCUAAUGGUUUUCGAUCUACACUUCCUGUCGUAUCGAAUUUAACAGCUAUGAACGUAUGGGAUGGUGUUUGUAUGUGCUUUAUAUACGCAUCACUUCUGGAAUUCGUAUGCGUUAAUUAUGUAGGGCGUAAGAGACCACUGCAUAAUGUCGUAUAUAGACCAGGGGAAAACCCUUUCAAACAGCGUUUGCCGGCUGUGCUGAGCAGGAUAGGCAUUAUACUGGCCAGUCCCUUGGAGACUGCCCAACAAGAAUAUUUUUCUACAUUCUGUGAAAGUCCUUUUAAUCAUAAUCUAGGUGAUAAAAAGCGAGACUCUACGACUGUUCCGAACGAGAUUGGUACAUGUCCAAGUUGUGGACCUAGUCCUUGUUCGCAUACAAAUAAUGGCUGCCCAACAGAGGCUGCUGUGUUACAGGUGAGAAAAAAAGAACCGCCCCACCCAAUACGAGUGGCGAAAACGAUCGACGUCAUAGCUCGAAUCACAUUUCCCACGGCUUUUGCUGUCUUUCUCAUCUUCUUUUUCUACCAUUACAAAAGCUUCACAAACGCACAUGAAUAGACACGAAGAUCAGAAGAAACUUGACCUCAAAUAGAACGCUAUACUAGUGAACUAAAUUUAUAAAGGUACAUAUCAAGUGAUGUCUCAGUGGCCGUUACAGUGUACAUAAAAUAGUGUACUCGACUGUUAUUUUUCCUAAGAUUAUUUAAUUAGAAGUUCGCAAAACGUGUAGCUAAUAAAGCACUGUAUAUAUUUUUUAAGAUAUUAUCGGUUUUAUAUACGUUACUUAUAUUCGAAUUAUUUAUACCUACCAAAUGCUUUCAAAAAUUAGAUAUUAGUAAUGACAAAUGGUCGGUCGCCAAUGAGCGAUUUAAUUUGUAUAAAUUUAAGCGAUCAAAUAUUUAAGUCUAAAUAUUCGGUCAUGAAAAAAAUUAUAGGUACUCAGA